GCAGCCAGCGCAUGCGCAGAGUGGCCGCGUCCCUAACAGCUGCCCCAAUACACGGCUGAGGCCGGCGGCCGGGCGGCGAUCGAGGCGUGGCUCGGGUGCCGCGGUCGCGCAAUGGCCGGCACCGAGAGCGGCAGCGGGCGGAUGGCAGGCGGAACGGCUGGCUGUUGUUCCUGUUUCCCCGCCUCGCCCGGGCAUGGCUGGGGGCUGGACUGGCUCCUGCGCUGGCGUGGGGCGGUGCUCGCUGAAGGUGGCUGCUGUCAUGGCGGCGCGGGUGUUGGCGAGGCCUUUCCGCCGAGGCGCUGCCUACCUGGGGAGGCCACUGCGGAGGGAGACAGGAAGCAGUUCGCGGUGCUGGCGGGAGCUCGGUGGGAGCUCGGUGCUUAGGAAAAGCCUCCAGGGGGGAAUUGCCCUUUCAACGGGGUCUUUUUUAGCUUAUGAAGCUCACAGGCUGAUUUCUGGACUGGCCGAAGUUCAUGCAAGUUUCAAAGUGGAAGAGGUUAUAGAACAAGCAGACUACCUGUAUGGGAGUGGAGAAACUGAAAAGCUGUAUCAGGUUCUGGUUCAGCAUAAAAAUAGUGACGAUGCAGAACUGCUGUGGCGGCUGGCACGGGCAUCACGGGACCUGGCCCAGCUCAGUAGUACCUCUGCAGAGGAGAAAAGAAAACUGACCUAUGAAGCCUUUGAGUAUGCAAAAAAGGCCCUUGAAAAAAAUGAAUCAAAUUCUGCAGCACACAAGUGGUAUGGAAUUUGCCUCAGUGAUGUUGGAGAUUUUGAAGGAAUCAAGACUAAAAUUGGAAAUGCCAUUAUAAUCAAAGAGCACUUCCAGAGAGCCAUUGAACUGAACCCUAAAGAUGCAACAACAAUCCAUCUUAUAGGCAUCUGGUGUUACUCCUUUGCUGAUAUGCCAUGGUACCAAAGAAAAAUAGCUGCAACACUAUUUGCCACACCACCAACCUCCACAUUUCAAGAGGCUCUUCGUUACUUCCAUCUGGCAGAGGAAGCUGACCCAAACUUCUAUAGCAAAAAUUUGCUCUUUCUGGGGAAGACAUACUUAAAGUUAAACAAUAAAAAGUUGGCUCUGCUGUGGUUAACCAAAGCAAAGGAUUAUCCUGCACACACAGAAGAGGACAAACAGGUACAGAAAGAAGCUUUGGAAUUGCUUAAUUCCAUAUAACAAGAAACAAGGUAAAGGAAACUCAGUGCUUCAGGGUUGAGCAGCACAGGAAGAAGACCUUGAAGUUCUUUGGUUUAUGAAAGCCAUUAAUGAAAGUGCAAUGUAAACCUGCUCUGUCUGUCAUUUCAACUGUCAGAAGAUCUGUUUCAUUGUCUGAUCCUUUCUGUUGAUUACAAGGGAAUGAAGGGUAUCAGGGAAAAGCAGGGAAGGUGGAGGGAAGGGCUUGUGCACGGAUGGUGGAUGCACAGGGUUUUUCUAAGUCUUCUAACAGUAUUCUGCUCCCACUUCAAUCUGAGGAACAGUAAGAAAUAUGACUAGCAGAAGCUUGAAAGAAAAGAGGUAGAGGGCCAUGGAAUAACCAUAAACUUGUUUUUUAGAGACUUCUCUUUCUAGGAAGUUCAAAGGCCUACAGGAGUAUCUGUUCACAUCAUUAGAUGGUCCUACAGCUUUCUCUUUAAAGCUGUUAAAGCAGUCUUCCUUACAUUACACUGCAGUGCCAGUGUUUGACUGCAAAAGGUGCUGGGGUUUAAAAAACAAGUGAAAUAGGGAACAUCUAAGAAAAUCCUCUUAGGAGUGACACUGGUAUGUGCAGCACGAAACUCUGAAGACCUAAAACAAAACUUCCUUGUUCUUAUGCUUUUCCCCUUGCUUAUUAACCCUUAGACAGGAGAAACUAUUGCAAUUAUGUCAGCUGCAAUUAUUAGAACAAUAAAGCAACUACAUUGGUGUGA